UCAUACUAUCCUUUCUUCUAUUUCCUCUGCUUUACUUGUAUAAAAGGACUGCUUGCUGCGUGUAAUCUGGUUGCACUUAUAUACUUUAUACUCAGAUCAUACCAUAUGCCUUCGACAUUGCUUGAAUCUCCCACCAUGGGCUCUCCCAAGGCUUCUCAGCUGCGCCUCGGUGAUGGCGUAUACGUUCCUACCCUUGCUUUCUUCACUCCCGAAGACGAAGUUGAUGCUUCAGCUACUGAGAAACACAUCAUCAAGCUUCUCGAGUCAGGAGUAGCUGGUAUUGUUGUGCACGGCUCCAACGGAGAAUGUGCCCAUCUCUCUCCUUCAGAACGAACCACAAUCAUCCGCGUUGCUAGAGAUACCAUCUUCCACGAGGGAAGUGGUACUCAUGUUCCUCUCAUCGCAGGCUGUGGUGCUCAGAGCACAAGGGAGACAACUGAACUGUGUGAAGACGCUGGCAAGGCCGGUGCUACCCAUGCUCUUGUUCUACCUCCCAGUUACUACGGUGGCCUUCUCCCCGACGAUCUAGUCAUUCAGCAUUACUACGCCGUUGCAGACAAGAGUCCAAUUCCUCUUCUGGUGUACAACUUUCCCGGCGCCGCAGCUGGUCGAGACCUCUCAUCCGACACGAUCCUCAGCAUCGCCAAGCAUCCCAACGUCGUAGGCGUCAAGCUCACAUGUGGCAACACUGGAAAACUCGCCCGCAUCGCGGCUGAUUGUCCAGAAGGAUUCUGGGUCGGUGGCGGCAGCGCAGACUUCAUCCUCCAAGGCCACGCCGUCGGAGCCAACGGCACCAUCUCAGGCCUCGCAAACCUCUGCCCCAAAGCAUGCGUUCGCAUCACAGAGCUCGCAGAAGAAGGAAACUGGAAAGAAGCCCGCCAGCUGCAAGCUAAAGUCGCCAAGGCUGACUGGACGGCGAUCAAGACUGGUUUUGUCGGUGUGAAGGCAGCACUUGGACACUUUUCCGGAUACGGAGGCGAACCUAGACGACCUUGUGUGGCGCCAUCUCAAAAGGAUCUUGAUACUAUUGCACAAGGGUUCCAAGAAGUAAUGGAUCUUGAAGUUACGCUUUGAAAAAGCAUGUUUUUCGAUUGGGAGGACAAAGCAGGUUGCAUUGGGCGGUGACGAUGAUGAUGAUGAUGACGAUACCUGUUAUUUCGAAGUAAAGCACGGAGAUGGUGUUGUGGCGUUGGGCAUGCACAGCCAUCAAUCAUAUCAGGCUGUUUUGUAGCAAUAAUUUCUCUGUACAUAAAAUACCAAUUAAUGCUGAAGGAUAUACAUCAUAUGCUUGAUUACCCC